AUGAAGGGAAUUGUUGAAGCAGUAUCCCUUUUGGAGGAAGACCUUGAUGAAAGAUUGCUUAUUAACAUCUGUUAUAGCCCAAGGAGAUGGACAUGUCGAAGUUGUACACUGUCAUCGAAUAUUUCAUCAAGCAGCUUAUGGCCUUGUGACUUCAGAAUGGGAAUGGUCUUAACUUCUCUUCAAACUUUUAAGUGCUUAUACCACUUUGAUCUCAGGCUGCAUAUAUAUCAAGAUAAAGCAUCAAAACCUGAGAAAUUUGUUGAUGUUCUCUGUAAUGAAAUUUCAAAUUAUGUUCAAGAGCUGCGAGGUGCAAAAGCCAUGAUCGAUGGGAACCUUGUUGUUAAUGAUGAAACUUGCACAACAGACGGUUUGCAUAAAGUUGAGUUGCUUUUACCAUUCAUGAAGGAUAUGUACAUCGGAGGUUCUCUGGCCAUUUCAAUUUUGAACUCAAUUAUAUUUCCAUGUUUGUUAUAAUGUUAAAUCUAAGAUUUAAUAAUUUGCUUAAACUUUGUGAAGCAUGCAGCCAGAAAGAUGUUGUAGGUAUUGUCAAUUUUACUGGUUUUGUAUGUUCCUUUUCAUUCUUGAAUUCAAAGGAACCAAUUUCAUAGGCUGUUGCUGAUAUAAAGGUAAUCAUUUCUUGAUUUGGAUAACAACUUGGUCUUUUUUUUAAUAUAUAUACUAGAGAAGCGUUGGGAUGUAAAUUUUC